AGUGUAUUUAAAUUCGUACUCUUUCACAGAAACUCUCCCACUCUCUGCGAAAGCUCCACAGUGCCAACAUCGAGAGAGAGAGAGGCUCUCUGCUGAAUAUCAGAAACCAGCUUGAAGGUAAGCAAGGAGAAGAAAUGACGAGGCAGCAGACUACACACUGGUGGUUGUAUGACAGUCACAGCAACUCCAGACGCUCUCCAUGGCUUCAAACCACCCUCGCUGACCUAGAGCAUAAGACAGAGGACAUACUAAAGCUGAUUCAGGAAGAUGCAGAUUCCUUUGCUCAACGUGCAGAGAUGUAUUACAAGAAGCGGCCGCAGCUAAUCAGCAUGGUUGAAGAAUUUUAUCGAGCUCACCGGUCAUUGGCUGAGCGAUAUGAUCAACUUAAAUCAGAUCCAGGAACUCGUCUCCUGACAACAUUAGGGUCUCCAUUCUCUUCCUCCAAAUGCCAGUCUGAGAAGUCAAUGAGCGUGGUGGAUCUGAACUUUGAUAGCCACUCCGAAACUUUUGAACCUGAGGAGUACUCCGAGUCUGAAGUUGAUGAUCCGGAACCGGAUGAUGAAACCCAAGUUGAUGAAGAAAUGAAAGAGAAGGCUUCGGGUGCGGUUAGUGAUGAUGAGGUGAGGAAGUUAAGGGAAGUAAUAGAGAAGCUUGAGGAAGAGAACAGAAUCCAAAAGGAUCAAAUAAAGCAGAAAGAUGAAGAGAAGAGAGAGGUAAUAAGACAGUUAAGUUUAGCCGUGGAUAUGCUCAAAGAGGAGAAUGUGGAGCUAAGAAAGAAGUGCCUUGCCAGAGAAUCACCUAAAAAUUCGAGUCCCUCUGAGUGCAACAAAUUCACAGGGACAUUUUUAAGGAAGUUGUUUAACAGGUCUCCAAAGUUUCAUCCUACAAUUGUUGCACUCUAGAUGUAUGUUUACAUGUUUGUAAUAAUGUAUAAUUUGUAGUACACAGUCUACUUAGAUGUCUAUAUCGAUUAUAGGGGCCUUUCCCCUUUAAUUUAAGUUAGGAAUUUGAAGUGUUAUCUUUGAAAUAGCUCUAACAUUUUGAUA